UUUUUUUUUUUCUCAUCCUUUUUGUUUUAAAUUUAUUUUAAAAAGCCAUUGUAUACAUAAUGUCAAACACAGACUUUCUUACGAAAGCCAUUGACAUUGCGAAAAGGGCAACCGAAGAAGAUCACAAAGAAAACUAUAAAGAAGCUUAUAGUUUAUACCAAAACUGUUUAGAAUACUUUAUGACAGCAAUCAGAUACGAGAAGAAUGACAAGUUAAAGGAACGCAUUCGUGUUAAACUUAUGGAAUAUUUAAACAGAGCCGAAACGUUGAAAGAGUUUUUGAACUCACAAGAAGAAACCAAACAAGCAUCGAGUCCUACUGGUAAAAAUGGAGCUGCAGUGGGUAAAACAAAAAAAGUUGGUUCAGAGAAAGCAGACGAAAAUGAAGACGACGCUGAUAUGAAAAAGAUGCGAGCCAAUCUCAGUGGUGCUAUUUUGACCGAGAAGCCAAAUGUCAGUUGGAACGAUGUAGCUGGUUUGGAAUUGGCCAAGGAAGCACUCAAGGAAGCCGUCAUCCUUCCCAUCAAGUUUCCUCAUCUUUUCACAGGUCAACGUAAGCCUUGGCGAGGCAUUUUACUCUACGGACCUCCAGGUACAGGUAAAUCUUAUUUGGCCAAGGCCGUUGCUACCGAAUCCAACGCCACCUUCUUUUCGGUCUCUUCCUCUGAUUUGGUUUCCAAAUGGUUAGGUGAGAGUGAACGUUUAGUCAAACAGCUAUUUCAGAUGGCAAGAGAGAGUAAACCUGCCAUUGUAUUUAUCGAUGAAGUGGAUUCUCUAUGUGGUUCCAGAGGUGAGGGUGAAUCCGAGGCUUCACGUCGUAUCAAGACCGAAUUUUUGGUUCAAAUGAACGGUGUUGGAAAUGACAUGGAUGGUGUGCUUGUGCUUGGUGCUACAAAUAUACCUUGGCAAUUAGAUGCUGCUAUUAGAAGAAGAUUUGAAAGACGUAUUUAUAUUCCUCUCCCCGAAGUAGGCGCUCGUGCUAGUCUGUUCGCUUUAAAUAUCGGAAAUACACCAUGUACCUUAGGACAAGCAGAAUACAAGCAGCUUGCUGACUUGACAGAUGGAUACUCUGGAUCGGAUAUUGCGGUCUUAGUCCGAGAUGCAUUAAUGCAACCUAUUCGUAAAGUGCAAUCGGCUACUCAUUUCAAGGCAGUUCAAGCACCCUGUAGAAACAAUCCUGGCAUGAUGCGCGAAUACUUCACUCCUUGUUCACCAGGUGAUCCUGAUGCACAAGUGAUGAAUUGGAUGAAUAUUGAAGGAGAUCAACUGUUGGAGCCUGAAUUAACCAUUCAAGACUUUUUAAAGGCCGUUCAAAGUUCUCGACCUACCGUUAAUGAGGCUGGUAUUACACAGCAUGUUGAAUUUACCCAAGAUUUUGGUCAAGAAGGAUAACAUCAUAAUAAAAUAAUUACAUGAUUUUUUUUUUAUUGUUAAAA